AAAUAUAAUUUCGGAGCCCAUUUUUUAUUCUCAAAUUUCAAUUUCCACCCGCACAAUUCAUUCAAUUAAUCAAACAGAUCGUCUGCAACUCCAAAUGAUGUUAAAACCCUAAUCGAAUCGAAUGAGCAGUAGCAGCAGAUGCCUGAAGCUGUUGAGCCAAUGCAAGAACACAAUCCAACUGAAGCAAGCUCACGCACUGACCAUCACCUCCGGUCUCGGAACCAACCCCUUCGCUCUCAGCCGCCUCAUCGCAUUCUGCUCCCACCCCUUACAUGGCAGCCUUCCCUACGCCCUCAAAAUCUUCGCCCAAAUCCAAACCCCAACUCUCUGCAUCCACAACACUCUCAUCAAAUCCUUCCUCCUCAAACACCAAUUCCCCGACGCCAUCGAAACCUACAAAUUAAUCCUCACAAACGGCCUCUUCCCCGACAAUUACACCUUUCCCUACGCCCUCAAAGCCUGCGCCGAAAUCGACGAGGGCUUCAAUCUGGGUAAAUCAGUUCACUGCCAUGCCCUCAAAUUGGGAUUAGGGUUUGACAAUUUCGUCGGGAAUGGAUUAAUUUCUCUCUACUCCAAUUUUGGUGAAAUGGCCGACGCCAAUUCCGCUUUCGACGAGAUUUCUUCUCCCUGUUUUAUUUCUUCGACUGUCUUGAUUUGGGGAUUUGGUAAAAUCGGCGAUGUUUGGUCUGCUAGAUUGGCUUUUGAUCGAAUUGAGGAUAAGGAUCGUGGAAUUUGGGGUGCUAUGAUCUCUGUUUAUGUUCAGAACAAUUGUUUUAAAGAAGGGUUGGGAUUAUUUAGGGUUAUGCAGAUCGAUGGGAUUGUCCCUGAUGAAGGAUGUUUUGUAUCUGUUCUUUCUGCUUGUGCACAUUUAGGUUGUCUUGAAAUCGGAAAAUGGGUGCAUAAAUAUAUCAAGAAAUUAGGGAUUCGAUCGAGUGUUAAAUUGGGUAAUGCGUUGAUCAAUAUGUAUUCGAAAUGUGGCUGCAUUUGUUAUGCCAAGAAGGUGUUCGACGAAAUGCCUGCACGAGAUAUUGUAACGUGGAACGCUAUGAUCGGCGGGCUUGCGACGAACGCCGCCGGAGAAAAGGCAGUCGCUUUAUUUUCAACGAUGGAGGAGUCGGGGGUCCGUCCCGAUCGGUUGACGUUUCUAUCGUUGCUCGCGGCGUGCGUUUAUUCGGAUAUGGCGAUCGAAGGGUUGAAACUGGUGGGGAUUAUGCGAAACGUGUACGGCGUCGAGCCCGGGAUCGAGCAUGUCGGAUGUAUUGUGGAUUUGUUGAGCCGGGCGAGGCUCGUCGGGGAGGCGAACGAUUUGAUGUUUCGGAGGAUGCUCGGGAGGUCGGUUCCUGCCGUCGAGGCCGCAGGUUGGAGGGCGUUGAUGAGCGCAUGUUGCGGCGACGGGGAGGUUUCGAUGGCGGAGGCGGCGGCGGAGAGGGUCGUUGCGUUGGAACGGGAUAGUGGGGCGUAUGUGUUGCUUUCGAACGCGUAUGCGGCGGCGGGGAGACACGGCGAGGCGCGGCGGGUUCGGAGGACAAUGAGGCGGCGGGGAGUCGAGAAGAGGCCGGGGUGUAGUUCGACGGAGAUCGACGGAGUUGUUCAUGAGUUUGUUGCAGGGGAGAAGACGCAUUGUAAUAUGGAUCGAAUUUGUGUGGUUUUGGAGGCCAUCAAGAAUCAUUUGGAGUGUUUUGAAGAUUCAAAAUGUGUUUUAAGUACAAAUUUAUGCUCGGUUUAGAUAGAGUUUUAGAGUUUUGAAAAUUUUGAAAAAAUUAAAAAAUUAGUAUUUAAUUAAAUGUUUGAAAAAAAAUAAAUCCAUAAACAUUAUUGUCUACAAUUAAUUUGAUAGAGAA